UUACACUGUUCAGAUACAUGUGUCGGUGGGACGUUUUCUAGAUCUGAUGGAUCAUGCAUGAUGGGUUGUAUCGAUGGAUAUUCAGGUUACAAUUGCACAGAUUCUUGCAAUUCAAACUGCACAACAUGUCAACAAUAUGAUAAAUCGUACUGCACGUCCUGCUAUAAUGAAUAUAUCGGAUCAUCAUGCAGAUGUCCCCCGAACUGCGCUUGUGAUGAAGUCAGUGAUCAAUGCACUUCUUGUGAAAAUAUGUACUCGAACCCAGGAUACAAAUGUCAAUGUCAUACAAAGUUCUGCAUAAUGAAUGACUGCAAAGUCUGUAUUAAUAGAACAUACUAUGUUCACGAGGGCCUUAACAGUUGUUGUCCGUGCCCUACUGCCUGUAAAGACGCAAUUUGUUCUUCUCAAUACCAAUGUUUAAAUGGGUGUGUAGAUGGUUUACAUGUUAACGAUUGUUCCAAGAAGUGUGCAGACAUUAAUAUAAUGUGCCUAAGUUGCUCGCAGGAUACAGGGAGUUGCACCCGCUGCGAUGAGUGGUUUUAUCCCGAUUCAAAUGGCAAUUGUGUUGCCUGUAGUGCAACAUGCACCGAUAGUAAAUGUGAAGGAGGCAGUGGUCGAUGUAUUGCAGGCUGCAUUGACGGAUAUGGGGGAAACCAAUGUGAGGACAGAUGUGAUAUCCUUUGCAGGACGUGUGACAGAAUGACUGGUGAAUGUAAUGGUUGUAUUCAUCCAUCUUUGUAUGGACCAUACUGUAAUUUAUCAUGCAGCUCCACUUGUAUUAAUUCUGAAUGCGACAUGAUUGGUGAAUGUGCGAUCGGUUGUACAGAGGGCUAUACAGGAUUGACAUGCACACAGCAAGUUACAACUGCUCCUUCUGUAGUCACGGUUGGACUAACUGCAGGGGUAGGGGUUAUCGGACUUGCUGUUGGAGGACUUGUUGCUGCAUCGCUUACUGUGUACAUUCUCAAAAGAAGGCGGAGAGGGAAGAAACCCAAGGUUGCGGAACUUGGAGGACAAAGACCGUUAGAAACUGGUAAUUCGAGUAUAGACAGCCAUAAUUUGUACGAUCAAUUAAACAAGAAACAAAUAUGUACACCACAAGAUAGACAACAAUAUGAAAUGAUCCAGUCUUCCACAGUUGAUAACAAACAAAAUGGAGAAGAAGAGAGGGAUUACGAGUUUGCUGGUGAUAACGAAUAUUACAACGAAUGUUAAAGUGUGUAAAAGUGAUUUAAACGUUACAUUUAAUAAAGUAUUGCAAAUGAUUUAUAUAAACAGUGUGGUAUUUACCUUUCUAUCAAAUUAUUUCUAUAUUAACCUUUUACCCCUAAGACAUUUAAUGUUUAAUUUGUUCUGCAACAAAAUAACUACUUGUUUUCGUUUAUGUGUCAUUAUUAUACAUUAUUAAAACAUCACAUGUGUCUUAAAGAUGCACUAGUAUUCCCGAAUAGGAUUUAACACAUUCAAUACAAUUGUUUUUAUGUACCAAAAGGAUGAACAAAUCUUGAAAACAAUGAUGCUUAUGAAGGAUACCGAGUUCAAUGUAAAGGAAAUGUCCAGAAAAUACCGUUGAUAUCUUAUGAGACCAUAGAAGACCAUAGAAUAUCGCACUAACUAUUUUAGGAUUCACCAAUCAUUUU